AUGUCUGGUGGUCUCAUAGAUAAAGUUUAUAUUGGGCUUGAUAAUGCUCCUGCAGCAUUCGACAUAAAAGGACGUAUUCUUGGUCCAAAUGGAACUAAUUUAGAAUACAUAAGGUCAGAAACAGGUGUAGUGGCAGUGUUAAAAAGUGAUAAAUUUGAACCAUUGCAUUUGGCUUUGCAUCAUACGCGAUCCGAAGCGUUAACUGCUGCUCGAUCAUUGGCACAAAAUCUAAUUGAGACUAUUAGAGCGGAGCUGGCUCAAUGGAGCGCUGCCCAAGCUGGCGGGCCGCCGCCAGCGCUUAAUGUCCCACCACCCACCUUAACGACGACUGCUGCCCCGCCGCCCGUACCUCCUCCCGUUUCUACCGUCGCAUUGUCAUCACAAUCUACUCUCACGACUCCACACCCCACAGUGAUACCACCAGUAGUAACUGUAGCCCCUGCAUCAACCCCACUGAUGACUGUACGGCAGCCAACUGUACUCCAACUACUUCCACAGCAACAAUAUGUACUUAAUCAGGAAAAUGGGCAGCUAAUACCUAUAGUGCAGCCUGGUGUACAAGUAUCUAAUACAAAUUUUACUUCUCUGCCUUUAGCACAACACUUAGGUUUACAACAACCAAAUUUUGGAACACAAUUAGUUGAUUUAUCUAGUAUGCAACCUGUUAAUGUGACACAGCUACGUUUGAGUGGGGUACCGUCUUCCAUGUCUAUGAUUCUUCCUAAUGGGUUGACAUUUCCACAAGCUAAUCUGACUUCUGCUGAUACAACCACUGUCAACUCGGCGAGCACUCCAGUUGUGUGUGCAGCUCAAAGUACAAAUGCAUCACAGAAGAUCUUGUACAGUACUGAUAAAGGAGACAAAGAAGUAAAAUAUCACAUACAAGGGGCAGAAACAGUUCAAUGGGCUAUGCCUGGUUCACAGACUAUGCUCAUACCAUACCAGCAGUUACAAGACUUGACCUCAGGACAAACUAGUUUAACUAAUUUACAACCUCAACAAUUUGUUUCUAUUGCUCCAGCAGGUAGUCUUCCACAAACAUCACUACCACUCACGGCAGCUCAGUUGCAGCAGUUACAAACUGGCACUAUUAUGCAGCUUAAUCAAAAGCCCAUAGUGAGCAGUGGUUCUCUUAUAAAUAUAAUAUCAACUGGACAAGCAUCUUCACCACAGACAAUUGCAAGUUCAUCCACUCCUACCAAAAAUGUAUCUAACCAAGAAAGUCGUGGACAGAAACGUUUGUCUGAUGGCACCCCAAGUCAGCUGCAAUUGAGACCCAUCGCUCCGGCUGGGUCUCAUGUAAGCCAGGACAAGAGCACUUCCAGAGAUGCCCGAAGUUGGACCAGCGCCGCAGCUAGGGACAACACCGUGGUUAGCAUGGGAAUGAAAAUUAAUCCUGCUCAUGGGACCAUAAUCCACGUGUCGUCCGGACAACAGACAAAUGUGUCGGCGUCAGGGGUCACUCAUGAUGGCACCGGAAUGUACAUUCGACAAAUUGACCGAAACGCUAUUCAGAUCCAAACCAGCAAAGAUGGUCAGAAGCAAGAUUUGUCUGCGAACAAAGUUCAGAGCACGGCACAAAAUGUGCAGAUGAUUACUGUGCCUCAAGGCAUGACUGUUCUUCAAAACCCGUUAAACAUCAGCCAAAUGCCGACUAUGCUCGGUCAACACAAUAGCCAAGUUUAUAUGAUACCUACCAAUGCCCAAAAUCUUGUUCAAGGAGGAUUACCUCCAGGCUUAAUGGGACAGCAAGUUUUGCAACCUGGGCAGAAUGUAACAGUAAUGCAACCGAACCAGUUAGGAAUGCCGGGCGGGGUCCAAUACAACGUGCCGUUGAUGUCGAUGAAUAUGCCCGCGAAUUCGCAGUACAUGCCAGCCGGCAUCAACUUGAAUACACAAUUGUCGGCACAACAGCUAAAUGCGGCGUUAGCUGGUCAACAGCUCAACCAAAACUUAGCAGUGUCUGGGGCGAUACCGAUCGUGCAAGCACCGCCUCCCUCCUCACCGAUGACGAAUCAAGCUCAAAGUAUAUCGGUGUCGCAAACUCCUUCAGUCCAUCAGUUAGUGCAACAGAACUCAUUCGUGACACCGACAAGCCAGUACGCUAGCAUGCCGCCACAGUAUAUGAUGCAAACUAAUUCUGGCGCUUUAACAGUCCCAACGAACAAUCCAAAUGUGCAAUACUCGUUACCGAACACGCAGACCACUAAUCCGACGGCAGGUAAUGGCAACGGACAGUCGAACACGUCCAGCGAUACGGACACUACUAAUGGAACUACCAGUCAGACCAAUUACAUCACGUCUUCGUCGCAAGAAACCUAUCCUCUGACUGGUUCAACAUCAGUGCAGAAUGCUCAACAAACAUUCACAGCGGAUGGUUCGACGAACCAAACGGCAGGCUUUACGCCGGGAAGUCAGACGGCAACGCCGCCAAACUUCGCGGCUUCCAACGGCAGCAACCAAUCGAGCUACAGCGUGAGCCAAACGUCAACCACCCAACCGCCGCCGAACUAUAAUCCGAACGGCAGCAACGGUACUAACCAGACGACCAAUCAGAGUUACGGGGCGGCAUCCACUCCUAAUUCUCAGAACAAUACGCAAACCAAUUUCUCCCCGUCGACAACGCCAGCUCCGAAUCAGUCGUAUGCCACGACAAAUCUUCCGAGUAUGCCGAACGUGGGAUACCCACCGAGUCAGAAUUCUCAGAACCCAUAUCCUAAUGCGACGGGGCAAAACUUGGCAGCUUACGCGAACAAUCAGUACCAGUACACGAGUAGGCCUUGGUUCAGGCCGCGGUACGGCUCCCCUCAGGGCUCGCCCUACAGCUCGGGCUCCGGGCCCCCGAACGGGCCGCCCAUGCCUGUCCCUCCACCUUCGGGCAACUAUAACUACUGGCAGGACAGUUGA